UUGGAUUUAAUUAAAUUAUUUUGUUUAAUUUUUACUGUAUUCUGUAAACCCUGUUCGUAAAACGCAAGUGUGUCUUGAUGCGUUUUAGUUGAACCUUUACCAAAUAUAAUGGAUCAUAAAUAUACACAUAUAAUCAUAGACAUGCGUUUUGGUACUCCACGUAGAUCAUAAAUCAUUAAGAUAAACAUGUAAACGUUAUUGUGGUUUAAUCAAGAAAAAGCGCAGCUCCCCAUUUACUUAAAUGCGUUUAUAACGGGGCAUUCUUGCCCGGACCAAUAUGGCGGCGCCAUAUCACAUUAACGAACCACAGCGGUCAAUGUUUCGACUAAGGGCGAAAGUGAUCAUACCUCUUUUUGUAAACCAUAGACUGUAAAAAAAUAGGUGUAAACUCUAGUCUAGAGGGAGUUGCGUAGUUGUGUCUCUUUGAGGGCGCAAAAACGUCGUUUGGAAUCUCCAUAAGCAGACGCAAAACGGAAGUGGCGGUACGAUGCCGUGACGCAUUUCCUGGUCUUGUAAAAAGGCGCUCUGAUUUCAAGACAGCUAGGCUGAGAUAAUUUCCAAAAAAAUUAUGCACAUAUACUUUUGUGGAAGCAUCCGUGGAGGGAGACAGGACGUGAAUAUUUACCAGAGAAUAGUGAAGCAGUUACAGAAGUAUGGGGAAGUUUUAACGGAACAUGUCAGCUAUGAUAGUUUGUCUGAAAAAGGUGAGGACGCAGUUUUGGAUGGAGACAAAGCAAUUCAUGAUCGAGAUAUGAAGUGGCUUAUGAUGUCUGAUGUGAUAGUGGCAGAGGUGACACAACCAUCUUUGGGAGUGGGUUAUGAACUUGGUCAAGCUAUGGCCAUGAAAAAGAGGGUUCUCUGCCUAUUUAGACCUUCUUCUGGAAAAGUACUGUCUGCCAUGAUAAGAGGAGCGGGUGGUGCUUCAACAGACUCACUCUUCCAAGUGCAAGACUACACAGAGGAUGAAGUUGAGAGUAUCUUGGAGAAAUAUUUUGAUGGUCUCACCAAAAACUGAGCACAUUUCACAUAGGUCAACAUUUCUCUAUUAAUGUAACUAAAGACAGAAUAAUUUGUCAGCCAUAAUUAGGUUGUAAUUCACAUUUGUACUGUUUAAAUUUGACAAUGUUAUUUUAUACGAUGUGAACAUCUUAAUGUUAAUGAAAAUGUAAAUGAAUCACUUUUUACUUAAAUGUGAUUUAAAAUGGUUAAAAAAUUUAAAACUUAUUAUUUGCAUUGAUUGUUCCUGUAAAUAAAGAAUUUCAAGGUACAAUAUAAGUUUUUUUUACAAGUAUUCCAUUAAAUAUCCAAAAAUAA